GGCGUGUAGUGAAGAGUAAUUGCAUAUGUAAAAGGAAAGGAAGAGUACGUACGAGAGUGACGUCGAUAGUUGUAUCUUGACAUCCUUCGUGCAUAAGGCUAUAUAUUUCCAUGCCAACCCCUCCUCCGCAUUUGUGGACAUUAUCGUGAUUGUUAUCAAUAAUCGUAAGAUGGUUUAAUUCCCUACCUUCAAUUCAUGCCACCAAGGAAAUGUGUGGUGGUGAGAUGCUUGCUAUACCUGAGCAAGGGGGAGUGAUGAUGCCGACCAAAGCCACCGAUGUUUACUUAUAUGGUUGUAUCAUGCUUCAGCUGUUUUGUGGACAUGUACCUUACGUGUACACAAGGAGUAUUCAUUGGAAUAUAUAUCUGUCAAACCCGGAGAUCGACCUGUGGCCUCGGUGAUUGUAGAGUUCUUAGGAGCAGGG